AUGACUAAAAAAGAUACAAUUGCGUAUCUCAUGGUUAAUGGUUCAUCAAUAAACACGCAAGUAUCAGUCCACAACCAAUAUGAUAUCCAAGAUCCUUUGCCAACAGGAACAAAAUUCGAAUACAUCGUAGAUCACAGCAUAAGGUUUAUGAACACUAACAUCUGCAUCGUGGCAAAUGAAAACAAUCAAAUUAUGGCAGAAAAUUGUACCGAAAAAACAUCAAGAUGGAUACUGGAUUUAAUUAACUACCAAUGGAUUUCUCUAGAAACAGGCCUGUGCAUCACCUUACAUGAUGAAGAAGAAGGACGAGUUAGAUUGGCAACACUAAAAACGUGCAGUAGACAGGGAACAAUUAGUGAAAAUCAACAAUGGGUUAUCGAAAUCCUAACAACAAACCCGGAUGUGUUGGACAAUUUCCCAGAUGCAUCCAUUGACGAAUUCGAAGAAAUCCAGUUGGAACAGAGGACAUCAGUAACAACGACCGUCAGUUCGCCAAUUUUUGGAGGAUUAUUGAAGCGGAACCAUGGGAGAGGAAACAUCAUAUGGGACAUGAUAGGAUGGGGACAAAUGAAACAUGAUGACUAUCGACCGCUAAAUGACGCUAAUACAAGUAACGGUCUACCAAAAUCCACUGAGGAGCUAAGUGACUUGAUAAAAUACGAGCUUGGAAAAAUGCACGAGCAAUACAAAAUCAGUAUUGAAACUGAACACGACAAUAAAUUGGCAAAAGAAAUUCGGGAUGUUUACUGCCAGUUAUCAAAGAUAAAACGAACGCAAGCCAUAAUCUUAGCCCAAACAAAUGGAUUGCUUGCAGCCGCCGCACUCGGACUUCCAAUGUGUACAAGGAUAUAUGGUUUUGGUCAAGCCAUGACAUUGCAACAAUGCGACCCAAAAAGGAUAUCACUAUCAGCAAAAGAGACCAAGUGUGGGUUCCAGCCAUUUUUUGUUUACGGAAAAAACAACUGUACAAUCGGACUCGACGGAUGGUCUAUUCAUCCGUAUUCGGAGUGCUUUUGGAAAUCCCAAUUGAUAAACAUCAACGGAUAUCCUCAUACGUGGCAACAUAACGCCACAGCAGGAGACUGGAUUAAACAAGAGGCGACCAUACAUACUUCAAAUCUGGAUUUAAUUGCAGAAUUCGAAGAACUGCACUUAAACAGUUUCGACUAUGGAUUAAGGAACCAUCCAGCUCAUGGAACCAUGGAAAUGGAACAGCUAAACAUCUUAAAUGACCUGGUGGGACGAAUUAAUGAAGGAGAAGGCAAAGAGUUACCUGACAUCCUAGUAACAGAAGAGCAGGACAAUCAAAUCGGGAACAUGUUUUCCUGGUUUGACACAUUAAAAAUUAUGGCUCUCUCAGCGAUAGGAUUCAUCCUAUUUCUCAUCUGUCUAAGAAUUUUUAUUGCCUGUAAUCCUAUUCCACGGAUUAAGGAAAGCUUCAGACGACGCAAGCAAUCACGUAACGUGAGCGAAAGUGAUGGUCAAGAAAUGGAUUCAAUGAUACCAGAACCCAUCUACAGCGCUGGAGGAGCAAAUGAAAAACCGUUCAUUAGGGAAUUUGCACCUUUAAUGACGUUAGCAACAGAAACACCAAAAGAAACCCUUACGUCGAUAAACACACCAAGUGUAGCCACACGACCUGCAGCUAUGUCGUUGGAUACGGAAUGGUGUGGGAGGAUCUAUGCAGAUGUACUCCAGAAGACUAUUUAA